UAGUGACCGUAUCCUGGCAACGCACUUCGGCGCUAGAAGCUCGAUUCACUUUUAUAGUCUUUGCGUCCCACAGUAAACAAAACGAAGAUUCUGAUUUCUCUUUUUAAUCCCGUACCUCUGUGACAUGGAGAAAACAGCAGCCAGCCAUAGUUUUCCUGAAAAACAGGUCAUACUAUCUGCUCCCUUGAUAGCCAGACAUAACCUAAAUGGAUCUAGAGAAGCACAGAACUGUGAGAAAGUGUCCCACGCUCUGCUGUCCUUAACAACAGUUCGGCUGGAUAGGAAGAACAUCACUGUCAUUGGUGCGCUAGAAGAGCUAAAAGCCAUCCACAGCCUCUACUUGCAACAUAACAGGAUUAAGAAGAUUAAGAACCUGGAAGGUUUGACAAAUCUGCGAUUCCUGACUUUGGCCUGGAAUCAAAUCUCUGUAGUAGAGAACCUGAAGACCUUGUAUCGACUUGGGUUUUUAGACUUGUCAUAUAACCUCAUCAAGCAUCUCAAUGUUGGGGAGCUACCACCUAACCUUGUUAUUCUAAACCUGACAGGAAACCACUGCACCCAGAAGGACAAUUACAGGCAAACUAUGAUUGAAGCCCUUCCAACUCUACAGGAGUUAGAUGGAGAGACUAUUCCAGACCAAAAGGAACCUGACAGAGAACAGGAAGAAAAUGAACUUCAAGAAGAUAGUGAUUAUGAGAGUGAAGAUGAGGAUGACUGGUUAACUGAAAUUUCCUCUCCUUUAGAUGUAGCAAAAGAUUUGUUUAUCAAUCUUCAUGAAAAUAUGAUUGGACGAUCAAAACAGAGACAGCAGGAUGUAAUGAAUAAUCACAAAGCCCGACUGGAAGAAAUAGCAGAACUGAAGACUCAAAUGAUCAUUAGACAUAAUUCAAAUAUUAAAAAUGAGAAGGAUCUGGGCAGGAGUGCAGAUAUCCAUGAAGGACCCAAACCAGAUCUGACUAAUGUAGGUAUUCAAAAGCCUGUGAGAGCAAAAACAAAUGCUCCAUGCACACUUCCAGCUACAAAAACAUCAUCCUUGAAAAAAAACAGCACAAGGGUAGCUCUGCCAUCUUCAAAUAGUAAAGAGCAGCAGCCUUCCAGGCCAGGCAGCCUUAAUGUAAGAAUAACCACUGAACAAGGACUUAAGACUCCAUCCCAACCUGCUACUCGCAGAAAGAAUGAGACAGACACUUGUCAAGCAUUGCCAGCCAGAAAUUCUGCAGUAAGUAAGCAAGCAGACACUGGCAGUGCUUCUCUGAAGACAGAAAAGCAGAUUUCUCAAAAAGGCAGCCCUUCCAAGUCUUUCAUUCAAACACAGAAAGCAAAAAAUAAUAGUCUGCUGAAAUCAAAAUCAGCUACUGGCCAGAGAAGCUAAAUUUGUUUCAUUAAUAUUCAUGUGAGAUGUAAGUUCAAAACUGCAUGGACUUUUUGUUAUUAUAAUAAAGUGAGUUUUGUUGUGCAACUGUU